CUAUUGGACCACUGAGACAACAGCGGAUUACCGAUCAAGGUGUUGAGUAAAAUAUAUCUGCUCAAAGACUCUUAUUAUCACCACUGGACUCUUUCCAGAAUGGAGGGAAAAGUUUUUAUUAUAAUGUGCAUUUUUAUUGCAACAGUCCACUCGCAAAGUUCAACAACUCAGUCCACAACAGAUUCAGCAACCGACACCUAUGCAACACCCACAGCUACAACGACGUCUUCAACAACCAUUACAUCUCUUACUGAAUCAUCCACCACUACUGCAGGAGUUACCACAACAGCACCACAAACUAGUGUUACAACAGCUGAAUCCUCCACAACAGCAGUACCCUCAACAACCACUACAAGUCUUUCUGAAUCAUCCACCACUACUGCAGGAGUUACCACAACAGCACCACAAACUAGUGUUACAACAGCUGAAUUCUCCACAACAGCUACAACAACAGCAGUUCCCUCAACAACCACCACAACUGUUACUGAAUCAUCCACCACUACUGCAGGAGUUACCACAACAGCACCACAAACUACUGUUACAACAACUGAAUCCUCCACAACAGCUACAACAACAGCAGUUCCCUCAACAACCACUACAACUGUUACUGAAUCAUCCACCACUACUGCAGGAGUUACCACAACAGCACCACAAACUACUGUUACAACAACUGAAUCCUCCACAACAGCUACAGCAACAGCAGUUCCCCCAACAACCACUACAACUGUUACUGAUUCAUCCACCACUACUGCAGGAGUUACCACAACAGCACCACAAACUAGUGUUACAACAACUGAAUCUUCCACAACAGCUACAACAACAGCAGUGCCCUCAACAACCACUACAACUCUUGCUGAAUCAUCCACCACUACCGCAGGAGUUACCACAACAGCACCACAAACUAGUGUUACAACAGCUGAAUCCUCCACAACAGCUACAACAACAGCAGUUCCCUCAACAACCACUACAACUCUUACCGAAUCAUCCACCACUACUGCAGGAAUAACCACAACAGGACCACAAACUACUGUUACAACAGCUGAAUCCACCACAACAGCAGUUCCCUCAACAACCACUACAACUCUUNCUGAAUCAUCCACCACUACUGCAGGAGUUACCACAACAGCAUCACAAACUAGUGUUACAACAGCUACAACAACAGCAGCAACAUCUGAACCAUCUGCAAUUUCAACACCAACAGGUUCUUCCUCUGUCACAGCAACUCUUACUGGGUCAUCCACCACUACUGCAGGAAUAACCAGAACAGCACCACAAACUACUGUUACAACAGCUGAAUCUACCACAACAGCAGUUCCCUCAACAACCACUACAACUCUUGCUGAAUCAUCCACUACUACUGCAAGAGUUACCACAACAGCACCACAAACUAGGGUUACAACAGCUGAAUCCUCCACAACAGCAGUGCCCUCAACAACCACUACAACUCUUGCUGAAUCAUCCACUACUACUGCAAGAGUUACCACAACAGCACCACAAACUAGUGUUACAACAAUUGAAUCCUCCACAACAGCUACAACAGCAGUGCCCUCAUCAACCACUACAACUCUUGCUGAAUCAUCCACUACUACUGCAAGAGUUACCACAACAGCACCACAAACUAGUGUUACAACAGCUGAAUCCUCCACAACAGCUACAACAGCAGUGCCUUCAUCAACCACUACAACUCUUGCUGAAUCAUCCACUACUACUGCAAGAGUUACCACAACAGCACCACAAACUACUGUUGCAACAACUGAAUCCUCCACAACGGCUACAACAGCAGUGCCCUCAUCAACCACUACAACUCUUGCUGAAUCAUCCACUACUACUGCAAGAGUUACCACAACAGCACCACAAACUACUGUUGCAACAACUGAAUCCUCCACAACAGCUACAACAACAGCAGUUCCCUCAACAACCACUACAACUCUUGCUGAAUCAUCCACCACUACUGCAGAAGUUAGCACAACAGCACCACAAACUACUGUUGCAACAACUGAAUCCUCCACAACAGCUACAACAACAGCAGCAACAUCUGAACCAUCUGCAAUUUCAACACCAACAGGUUCUUCCUCUGUCACAGCAACUCUUACUGGGUCAUCCACCACUAGUGCACCAGUCACUGCAACAGCAUCUCAAACCACACCGUCCUCUUCGACUACUCCCUCUUCAACUGCUUUUCAUACCACAACUGUUAGCACAGCUGAAACAUCCACAACAUCAGCAACUUCAACGCCAACCGGUUCAUCCACAGUCCCAAAAUCUAUUACUGGUAUAUCCACCAGUAGUGCAGCAAUAACCACAACAGUGGCACAAUCUACAGUUUCUAAAGAGUCUACAGCUUCUACAGCAUCUAAUGCUUCUACAGAACCUACAGUGUCUACAGCUGCUAUAGCUUCUACUGUAUCCACAGCUUUUACAGCAUCUACAGCCUCUACAGCAUCUACAGCGUCUACAGCAUCUUCAGUCUCUACAGAGUCUGCAGUGUCUAACGCUUCUACAGCCUCUACAACAUCUACAACUUCCACAGCAACUACUGCAAAAAUAGUACCUGAAGUGCUAACAGAACUGGAGUUUCGCUCUUUUGAGACAUUUACAGAUGCACUCAGCGAUAUCAAGAGUGAGGAGUUUAAGAAUAGGUCUAAACUUGUCAGGGAUGAGCUUGAGCCUGUCUACAAAAUCGAGUAUACUAACUUCCUCAGAGUGAUUGUCCUAGGGUUCAGACCAGGGUCAAUCAUCACAUCAACACAACUAGCUUUCAGCUUCAACCAAACUCUACCAUCCGUUCAAGAGAUUUCAAAAACCCUCUUGACAGCAGUGGGAACAGGAGAUGUCAAUUUAUUGAAGAUAAUCCCUGAAUCAAUUUCAGUCAAUGGUUCAGCUGCAACAGUCGAUCCCACAGCAACUACAGCAACCACAGCAACUACAGCAACCACAGCAACUACAGCAAGUAAAAUAACUAAAGCAACGACAUCAACCACAGCAACUACAGCUUCAGGUGGAUUAAAGAUUGAAUCCAGUCUGCUCCAAGCAACAUAUGCUUCAUUAUUAUUACUAAAAUAUUAA